UAUAUUGCAUUCUGUAAUUAUUGCCGUAUUAUAUUAUUAUUAUCAUUCUAUUUUCCUUAGUCUAUUUUUAUACUUCUAUCAUCAUAAUUUAGGAAUGUUAGGAGCCGAAGCCCAGAGCACCUGGAGAGGGCAGUGCCGUACCUGCCUGCGAGGAAGACCCCGGGCUCGCCUGUGGAGUGCCCUGCGGAGGAUGCGGAAGGAGCGUGGAGGGCUCCUUUAAGGCCUGUGUGGUGGGCCUUCCCGAUUUGGUGCUGCUCCUCCUUGGAGGGGAUGAGGAUGGGGGGGGGCCCGCCUGCUUUUCUCCUCCUCCGGCUGAGCCUCCUUCUCCGCGGUCGGUCUCCCUGGUCUCCCUCCUCCUCCGGCCAUGGACCUGCUGGGCUCCCUGGACGUGGCCGACUUGGCCUCCGCCUUCUCCCGCCUCCCGCUCUUCCCGCUCUUCGACCUGGGCUACUUCGUGGUCUCCCUCCUCUACCUGCGCUAUGAGAAAGGUGCGGUGGAGCUCUCCCGCAGCAGCCCCGUGGCCUCGUGGGCCUGCGCCAUGCUCUACUGCUUUGGCAGCUACAUCCUGGCCGACCUGCUCCUCGGCGGAGCUCCCCUCGACUGCUUCAGCAACAAUGGCAGCAUCCUCCUGGCCACCGCUGUCUGGUACCUGACCUUCUUCUGCCCGCUGAACCUCUUCUACAAGUGCGUCAGCUUCCUGCCGGUCAAGCUGGUCUUUGUGGCCAUGAAGGAGGUGGUGCGGGGGCGCAAGAUCGCGGCCGGCGUCCACCACGCCCACCACGCCUACCACCACGGCUGGGCCGUCAUGGUCAUCAUCGGAUUCGUCAAAGGUCUCCCCCAGCACAAAACAUUCAAUAAAAUUAAACAAGGAAUCCUUCACACCCCUAAUGUCCAGUAUGUCCUUCCUGUCUCCGCAGGGUCCGGCGUGGCCUUAAUGUCCAACUUUGAGCAGCUGCUGCGCGGCGUUUGGAAGCCGGAGACCAACGAGCUCCUCCAUAUGACCUUCCCUUCCAAAGCCAGCCUCUACGGCGCCCUGCUCUUCACCCUCCAGCAGACCCACUGGCUGCCUGUCUCCAAAGUCACCCUCCUCUUCUCCUUCACCCUCUUCAUGAUGGUCUGCAAGGUCUUCAUGACAGCCACGCACUCGCACGGCUCCCCAUUUGCCCUGGUGGAAGGACCCCUCUGCUCCGUCCUCUUUGGCUCGGCACCCCCCGCCGCCCACGAAGACCCCCACCAGCACCACUACGAGCCCAGCCACCACCACCCCCAGCACGAGCCGCCGGCCAAGUCCCGGGAGGAGCUGAACGAGGGCACACGCAAGCGCAAGGCCAAGAAGGCCGAAUGAGGGGGGGGGGCUUUGCCCAGGAAGACCCCCACCCAAAACAAAACCCACCCACCCCCGGAUGGGGCUGCAACUCCUCACCAUUGGAUGCCUGGAAAUGAGAUCCCCAAGGAGCCAUUAUUAUUAUUAUUAUUAUUAUUAUUAUUAUUAUUAUCAUCAGAUGCCCUGGAAAUGAGAUGCCCAAAGAGCCCCUAUUAUUAUUAUUAUUAUUAUUAUUAUUAUUAUUAUUAUUAUUAUUAUUAUCAUCAUCAUCAGAUGACCUUGAAAUGAGAUGCCCAAAGAGCCAUUAUUAAUAUUAUUAAUAAUAAUAAUUACCAGAUGCCCUCGAAAUUAGAUGCCCAAAGAGCCAUUAUUAUUACUAUUAUUAUUAUUAUUAAUUAUCAGAUGCCCUGGAAAUGAGAUGCCCAAAGAGCCAUUAUUAUUCUUACUAUUAUUAUUAUUAUUAUUAUUAUUUAUCAGAUGCCCUGGAAAUGAGAUGCCCAAAGAGCCAUUAUUAUUAUUAUUAUUAUUAUUAUUAUUAUUAUUAUUAUUAAUUAUCAGAUGCCCUGGAAAUUAGAUGCCCAAAGAGCUAUUAUUAUUAUUAUUAUUAUUAUUAUUAUUAUUAUUAUUAUUAUUAUUAUCAGAUGCCCUGGAAAUGAGAUGCCCAAAGAGCCAUUAUUAUUAUUAUUAUUAUUAUUAUUAUUAAUAAUUAUCAGAUGCCCUGGAAAUGAGCUAUUAUUAUUAUUAUUAUUAUUAUUAUUAUUAAUUAUCAGAUGCCCUGGAAAUGAGAUGGCCAAAGAGCCAUUAUUAUUAUUAUUAAUAAUAAUAAUUACC